GAACCUUUUCGUGGGGUGGUUUACCGCCGGAGCUCCGUCGGAUGGUUUGAGAAGGCAUGUUAUCAAGAUCCAGUUGCCAAUCUCUCCUAGUGAAACGUCGUUUGCCUAUGCUUGAUCCGUUUCUGGAAGUGAAAUGGAGGUCACUGCUGCACAUAGUGAUUCCCUUGAGGGCUGUGGGAGAAGAAUCUCUGUCCGCCGAGAUUUCCCUUCAGGUUGUGGGAGAAAAACCCUAUUAACUGGAAAACUUCCAAGGAAAGGAAUCUCAGCUCCCCGAAAUUUUCCCCCAGGUUGUGGAAGAGAGAAAGUUCUUGAUGAGGAUCCUCCCACUAUUGGAUUGAAAGAAAAUAUUUUCAAAGAAAUGACGGACAAAGUUGAAGUAGAACCUGAGGAGGAUGUUGGAAAAGAAGAGCAAUUUCAAGUCAGAACAGCUUCUGGUGGUAAUUUGGAACUGGAAUAUCCCCAACAAACUAGUGUUAGGCUUGACCGGGAGAGUAAUUUGUAUCAGCCAAAGUCUAAGUCCCAGUCAGCCAUUAAAGAUAUUGAAGGAAAUGUUGGAAGUUUGAAAAGAAAACUGGGGAAGGAAAGCGUGGAACGCUGCAAGAAGAGUUCUAAGAGAGCUAUUCCUGGGGAGUCUGUAGAUGAAAAUGAUGCUAUUAGUAAAUGUCAUAGACAUCAAUCCAUUGGUUUAACUUCUUCAGGUAACAAGGUUCCUUGGCAGCCUUCGAGGGCUGCACUAAACUUUGUAAGGAUACAUGGGGAACACAGCCCAAGAUCUAACCUGGGCAGUAGUUCAAGUAGAGACAAUAUGAAGAAGCAUGAACUCAUGGUGAAGAAAACUGCUUUGGCUCCUUCAAAUAACAGGGUGAUUGUGCAAGCUCUGAUGGCUGCACCAAACUGUCCAUGGAGGCAGGGAAGACAGAAAAUUAAACAUAAUCUGACUCACAAUUAGAAACAGUGCAGAAAAGCUUGAACUCAUUGUGAAGGUCAAAUUCAUUUCCUUCCAGUAAAAAGGUAGUGAAAUUAGAAAAUUCGGGAGGAGAUCCAUAAACAAUACAUUUUUUCCUAUAGGAAAGGGUGCUUAUCAAGAUAUUGAUCACACUGCAUGUGAGGGAUGAGCAACAUACUGUAUAUCUUAUGGGUUCAGCUGAUCAAUGGGCCUUUUUCUGCAAGUUCAACAUGUUAGUCACAGAUGCGGAAAUGCUGCUUAUCACGAUAUGGUUCAACUGCUUGCACCAUUUGACAUGUUUGGUUUGCUUGAAACUACUAUUGGAAAAAGUAAAAGCAAUUGGACCCCUAAGGCUCCUGAAAAAUUUUAGAUUCUUCCCCUUGGCUUCUAACAUGAUAUUGUGCUUGCUUCUCUGGUUUUCUGACUGACAGCAAGUACAAGCAUUCUGUUAUUUGAUCAUCAGGUAUUUCAACAUUAUAAUUCAUAUGCUCCUCUAAAGAUUUCCAAAACCUCUUAAAUAUUCUU